UCCACAUGACUAAGCUGAUUUGAAUGGCAUUCCUGGCAUGUGACGGUUUCGAGAACUUCCGGAACGAUUAUAUAAUUGAACAGUACGCUUUUCUCUGUGAAGUCUUGUCGCCCCUGUGUGUCGAAGUCAGGUAGUACUGUCGCUCCCGCGUUCGUGAAUUCGACGCUCACUUGUACAGCCUGACCGCGUCACUGUCUUCUGUCAACAUAGUGGCAGUUCGAGUGGUCGAUGGGAAACGCUUCCUUUAUUGUUGAAGUGGACGAUGAUUUGAAAAAGAAAAAAAAUCAAAACAACAAUAAGUGAUUGUUUAGCCAUCAUUUGGAGCUUUCGGCUGCAUUUAUCUUUUCUUUAUUUUAUUUUCUAAAGAACAUAUCUGGCAAAGAAGGUCGAGUAAUCGUUUCAUUUAUCAUUUGUACUACUCGGGGACAUUGAAAAUGAGUCUAGUCUUUAAUCGAGUUCCCAGAAAGACUGCGGGGAACCGCAUGUCUAAACUUCUUGAUGCAGAAGAGGAGGAUGAAUUCUACAAAACUACAUACGGUGGUUUUAACGAGGAAUCGGGUGACGAUGAAUACAAAGGUGACCAGUCAGAAAGCGAAGAUGAGGUAGACAGUGACUUUGAUAUUGAUGAAGGGGAUGAGCCUGACAGUGACCAAGAAGAGGAUGAACCUAAGAGAAAGCGUCGUGUUGUCACAAAGGCCUAUAAGGAACCAAUCAAAGCCCCCAAGCCAAAGCCCAAACCAAAGAGGCCAGCUACUCAGACCAGCACUUCUCAAAAAGUAGAAGACUAUACACCAGAGCUUUUUGAGUUGCAGGAUGACAUUGGUGAAAAUCGAAAGUCUGUGCGGCAGUCUACAACAGAGCAUACAAGGCUUACCUACCUGCGUUUGCAAGAGCGGCAAGUACAGCCAAGGAGAAAGAAGGGACCACAUCAUGAUCGUCCAUUAACACAAGAAGAGCUGUUGGCUGAGGCUAAAAUCACAGCAGAGAUCAACUUGCGCUCACUUGAGAAUUACGAGCGUUUGGAAGCUGAUAAAAAGAAACAGGUGUGUAAGAAACGUCGAUGUGAUGGCCCUACUAUUCGAUAUCAUUCAGUGCUGAUGCCAAUAAUUUCGGAGAAUCAUCUCAAAGAGGAAAAUGUUGAUGUAGAAGGACUGGAUCAAGACAACCAGCAGUCAUCUUCUGCAGGUAUAUCAGAAUGUCUGCCGCCUGGGACACAGACGUCAACUGGGAAGUGUUCACGUACCUUUAUCACGUUCAGCGAUGAUGAAUCAUUUGAGCAGUGCUUCCCCAGGGUUCGACAAUUGCGUGCACCAGUGAAGGAGAUCUGUCCAGUUACCCAUAAGCCAGCCCUUUACCGAGAUCCCAUUACUGACAUCCCAUAUUCUAAUAUCCGUGCCUUCAAGAUCAUACGGGAAGCUUAUAAGAAAUAUGUUACAGCGCACGGACUUCCAAACACUGCUGGUGGUGGACUAGGAGGACUGGGAGAUCCCAAUGCCAGGGGCACCAGGCAGAAAAUUAUCAUCAAGCAGAGUAUGCCAGCUACCUAGGAGGGCACAUAAACUUGUCUAAAAUAGCUGUGCAAGAAAAGUAUACAGGAAUAAAAUGGUAAAUUUGAUGUUUGGAAAGAAUGAACACUGUAUGAAAGUUUGUUUGAAAGGAAAGCAAUACCUUAGGCAAUGCUUUUCAUGACAAAUUUGUUGUCUUCUAAAAAGCAGUAAAGAUGUAUACCUAAGAUAUAAAAUGUGGACUUGAUUUUUAAGUGCAGAAUUUCAGAAAUGUUGCCGGACUUUCACUUUGAGCAUUGUGCAGUUGUAAUGUGUUGAAGUUACACCAUUACAAAUGAAACCGCUGAAGUGCUACUUUUAUUGGCUUUAUUUUUUUAACAUGUAAUGAUUUUCUAAAUUGAGAGCCUGGAAAAAAAUUAAACUCAAUCUACAACAAGUCAAUGAAGCUAAAUGAAACUGACUAUUUUUGGUGGUUUUAUUUGCUAAAUAUGCUUGCUUAUUUCUUUACUUUGGUCUUGUUUGACUCUGCAUCAUUCUUGGUACCCAAAUGUGAUGUUCACUCUGGUUGUUGCUUCCUUGGAGUUCUCCCUUAGAGAAUGGUAUAGUUACCUGCCUUGUACUCAUUCUUUUGAGAACGGCAAUGUACUACCUUUACAUUUCCCAAGCGUACUAAAUCGGGUAUGAAAAUGGAAGCAUGGUUGGGCCAUUUAAACCCCGCUUUGAAGUGUCAUUUUGGUAAUAGUCAUGUAAAUUCCACAGUAUUCCAGAUCACAAAAACAAUGUAUAAUUGGAAUGUUGUUGCAUUUCUGAAUAAACUGAAAAAGAUGUACUUGUGUUAAUUUAGGAGUGGCCAUUGUACUUAAACAAUUCCUAAACUGCUCACAGUUGAUUACUUAUUUUAGUUUGUUACCUGGCUUGUCAUGUUUUACUAUUUGUUGAAACUUUGAUCUUUUCUUUUAUCCCUUAUAUUUUGAGAACCAGUGAAUAAGCAUUUUAUAUUAUGGGUAGUUCAUUGUGUUUAUUUUUCUUAGCAGUCUUUAUAUUCCUGGAGAUUUAUGAACAUGGGUGAGUAUUAAUAAUUAAAAGUAGUUACUUCUUUUAAUUACAUCUACUGCAGAUGACUGGAUGUGAAUUUUGUGUCUGUGUGGAAUGUUCACAUGCUUGCAUUGUGUUUUUUGUUUUUCUUCUUAUAUAUGAAAGUAAACGGGCAUCCCCAAACUGGGUCUUGUAAGAGUGAGCACAGGUUUGCCUUCUAAUAAAGUGGAGUCCUUUCCAGGA